AUGAACCUUGAAGGGGUACCGCAGUUCUUCAUCGAAUUCUGCACCAAAUUUGCGUGGACGAACCUGCAUGUUUUCCCUACAAAGACGAAAGCAACUGGUAACGUGACAACGAGGCACCGUCAGUUGUCGAGUGGCGGGACGGAUUUGAGCUUGAACGGCGUGACACGCUAUGCCCAGACUCUGGGUGUCGAACCGGACAACCUUUUUUACUACACUCUUCUGGCUCUGUUGGUGGUGUGUGGGUUGGUGAUACUCCUCUACACUAUCGCUCGAAUAGCACUCUACCUGUUUAAGAAAGAGGAUAGACCGCUGGUACAGAUGCUAAACAACCGGGUCGUCUGGGUGAGCAUUCAGCUAUUGCUGCUGCUUCAGUACUCGUUAGCUAUGAUAUCGUGCUUUCAGAUUUCGUUUUCUGUUCGAACCAGUCAAUCGACUGGCGGGUUGAUCUUGGCAGCGAUCAUCCUCGUGACAUCCUGCUUAGGUUUUGCAUUGUUUGGCGUUUUCAUCCUCUCACGCUACAAACACGAGCUCGCUGACCACGGAACGGAGGGACAUGAGAAGAAACCAUUUAACCACCGCUAUGGGUGUUUUUACCAGGAUUUCACGAAAGAGAAUCGUUUCUUCUUCCUGGCGAAGAUGACAUUGGAUGUCGCGUCGGGCGCUGUGGUGGGUGCAGGGAACAGACCUAUGGUGCAGCUUGGCCUGCUCGUAGCUUUUAAUGCCGUGUUCGUCAUCUCAAUGGCUUUCCGACGCCCUUACUUGCUGCGAGUAUUCUACGUGAUCGGCUUGCUUACCUCGUACUUGCGUAUUCGGAUCCGCGAUUUGAUCUCGCAGAUCAUCAUUUGUGUUAAUGCUCUCGUGUUGCUGUGUCUCUUCGCGCGGGCGGGUUAUACGGCGGUGAAAGCGCUGACAAAGUGGCUCCAGAACCGCAAGCCUGGUGUCAACGAACUUGACGACGUCGAUGAGUUGCUCCCAAAUGAGAACGCUGUCGGCACGAAUGAACAUCGCCGUGUAUCCUUGCAACACCAGCCGCAAUCACCGCCCGCAGAUGGCACGCCGCCGAGCGCGCAGGCGUAUCACCAGACAACCGACAAGUUCGCCUCCGGUCAUUGGGAGGUUGCGAGUCGCAGCGAUCGGCACGUCGUAUAA